UCUGUCACCAAGCAACCACUACGUAAACACACUUCUUGCACCACUCACCUUCCUCCCUCACAUCUACAUUGCACUGGGAAACCGCCAGAGAAAGAUGUACACAGAGCAAACUGUUAAUAUGACGAUUUUACCCAAGUUUAACCUUGCAAGUUAAUUCAGAGUUUCAUUUAAUUUAAAAAACGAAAUAGAGUUUUCGCAAUACUAGAUCUGAAUGUGAGAAGUGUAAUAUAUCUGUGUGUUUAUACUUUACAUAAAUUAACAGUAUGCUAACAGCCUGAAACAAUGUAAUUAAAGUUUAAUUACUGUGGAAAAUCGAAUGUAUCAUCAUGUCCUGCCGGUAGAAACGUUUGGGCUCCCUUCUGUAGACACUAUGAAAUAGUGGUGAACUUGAAGUUGAUGAAGCACACAAGUCUUGAUAGAUAUAUUGAUGUUCAUCUGUACAUGAGCUCCUAAACUUUGCUCGGCGCUACAUUUAAAAAGGCUACAAACACUGAAGCGAGACGUGGCCAUUAAGCUCCGUUCAUCUGCCAGGACAUUUAGUUCCAGUCAACAUGGAAAAUCAUCGAUCGCACAAUCAGCUUGUGAAACUUGAGCGUAUGUGGGAUGCAUACAGUAGCGGGUCUGUGAUCGAGGAUCUAAGGCGGAGAGAGCCGUCUCUCACCCCCACACACCGCAAUAAACCAGUGUAUUCAACUGAUAGAUGGGCGAGCUUGCCAGCUGCCAAGACUACACAUAGAAGACCAAACAGUAGCGAUGACAGUGACAGCCACUCUGACAGCUUCGGAAGCAGCACGGGAACAAGUGUCAGUGAAGGUAGCAAUUCUAUUGGAUGCUGUUCUUGCUUGUAUCAUACAUCACGCCGCUCUUCCGCUGAGAGACGUAAGAACAACGGAGCGGUGUUGUCCGCCAUGCCCCACCAUCGAAAACGAUGGUGGCACUGCUUGUCCAUGGCAGACGACACAGCCAUAUUCUUCCUCCUGGGAAUAUUUACCCUCACAUACAUGUUGCUCGGCUCACUCAUUUUCCAGGUCUUGGAACAGGACUACGAGAAGCAUCAGAGGACCGACUUACAGAACACAUACAACAAAAUGCGCAAUAAUAUGACUGAUUCGGUUAACAAGAAAACAGUGGAACUUUCUGAAGUUUACGACCUUCUCUACGCGUGGGGCAACAUGUCAGCUGCAUUAUACGCUCCUAGUGACCGAGAACUCUGGGAUUUCUUCGGCAGCUUUUACUUCGUUUUUGAGGGUAUCUUCACUCUGGGGUAUGGAGUACCAUCCCUCAAGACGGUGGAGGGAAAGGUCUUCUCCAUCUUCUUCAGCCUGAUCGGAUGCUCUUCUAGUUUAUUAUUCUACAACCUCUUCCUGGAGAGAAUAAUCACCAUCCUAGCCAAAAUCAACAGGGCGCAUCACGACUGGAAGGAACAGAGGAAGGCAAAGGCAGCGACCAAGAAAGACGCAGUGGUCAAGAUCAAGCGACGAGAGACGACAGAUUCUAAUGACGAAGAAGACGACGAUGACGAUGAAGAGUUGGACACUUAUAAACCCUCGUUGUACUGGGACAUGUUCUACCUCAUCAUCUUCUCUAUCAUCCUCAUCGUUCUUGGCGCCGUAUUGUACAUGAAGGAAGAGAACUGGAGCUACUUUGAGUCCGUCUACUUCUGCUACAUCUCCUUUUCCACAAUUGGCUUCGGCGAUUACAUAGCGAUUCAGGAGGUGGACAGCUUUUAUGGAGAAAGUGUACUGGCUUACAAAGUGGUCAACUUCCUGGUGUUGUUGUUGGGAUGCUGUUGCAUUUACUCUCUCUUCAAUGUUAUAUCUCUUAUCAUCAAGAAGCAUCUCAACUAUAUCGUUGACACAAUUCAGGCUUGUUUCCCCGAUGAACCUCACUCGAACGUUCAUGUGACCAGCAAGAACGUCCUGCCCGCCGCCGUUCAGAAGACGAGGUCCAACAACAUUGUGGGAGAUGGAGGAAGCUUUAGAGAUGGUUAUUAACUGGAGGCAAAUGGAAACCAACAUGACGAAGCUGUUGGCUGAUUGGAGAGAUGUGUACAUCUCUCAACGUAAAUCUGCUGUUCAUUCCGCUGUUUGAAAUGUGUGAAGCGACUUAUGGAAUAUUGUAGUAAUGGGUCGUCGGAAGAGUGAGAACUGUGUCAGGAUUCCUUACUGACGGAUUUUGUAACUAACGACUUGAGGAAUAUGUAGCAAGAAAUAUCAUUAUUGCACUUAACCUUGUUUAUUAGUGAAUAAUGCAGCCGGAGUCUGUUCUUAAGUCCGCACUCUCGCGUUACCUGGCGAUAAGUACAGCAGGAAGACUGUAAUCUGAUUAUUAACCUGGAGGGCUAUUAAACCAGGAUAAUUCAACUAAGCCACUGUCAUGAGACUGGCUUAUUUCCAAUGGGGUCGUUUAGUCAUCCCCCCCCAGGACUGUGAACCUACUAUAGUCGACUAACACUUAGAUAUCAGCUCGGUUGUGAGCUGAAGCCGCCACCAACUGACCACGAGCACCUAGACAGCGUAAUAAUGUUUAACAGUUUAUUUGUGUUUAAUAAACCAUAUAUCAAAAUGUAGUGUAUUUUCUGUAAAUUCUAAGAACAUCUAUUUAAUUAUCAGUCUGAGGUGGAUAAUCAGCUGAGUGAUGAAAAUGAGAGUCACUGCGUCGUACGUUAUUUCUUAAUUAUUAAGAAAACAAGUAUAUUUCAGUAAAUACUAAACAAAGUGAAUUUAGAACGCAUAUUUUGGAGUUAAAAUACUCAAGACAUGAUGUACCCUGACUCUAAUUUGAGUGACAAUUACCAUAUCACUAAAAAUAGUGUUUUGGCUAUUUGUGAUUAGACUAUUUGUACCACCUAGCGAUAGGUAACGCAAGAAGGAAUUAUUUACUUCUCCUUUAAUACCAACAAUCUCGAUGUCUGUUGAGUUAAAUCUAAUUGUAGGUACGAUGUGUAAUGUACAUGUGCACACCUGGGCGAGCAGCUGCGCGGACCGUGCAGUUCUCAUGGACCUGUAUGGUCGGUGUAGGUUUCGCUUAGAUGUGUUCUUGACAUCAUUGGUUAAUUAUCCUAUAUUUCUUCCCGUGCUCUGAGCAGAAGGAAUUUAGUCUGUAACGAAAUAAUGAAAGUAUACUUGUAUUUUAUUAUUCUAGUGUAAAUUAAGAGCAAGGAUGAUUAAUUUGAGGAAGAGUUAAUAUAGGUUUGCAUGUUUUUAAGAAAGUUAACUUAUCCACAUGUAGCUAGUAUAGGACAGUUUUAAGCGUCGGUAUCUGAUUUUAUAUGUAGGUAAUAGUGGUCAUAUUUGUUAUAUUGUUAUGUUAUUCGUUAAUGUUUCAA